AUGGCGGGCACUUCUUCAAUUUUCAUUGGUCAAUUUACCAUUGAUCUUCCAGAUAAUCUGAUUGAUGCACCUGAAGGAACAACCAUAGAAGCUGAUGAAUUCUUAUCAGUUACUGAAUCUUUGAAGGGACAAUUUGCUUCUAAACGUGCUGAUUAUGUAAAGAAAAGGACAGAAGAGAAUGCACAAAAGGCGUAUGAUUUGGGGGAAUUUUUUUUGAAGUUGUCAACAGAGAGAAAAAAUCUUAUAGUUCAUGGUGCGGAUAUUAGCAUUGAUCUUCUGUCUAAGAGACAGCAGGAUGUAAUUAAUAUGCAAACUGGGAUUGGUUCCAGCAAUGGAGAUAAUGAUAGCAAUAGUUAUGAAGAUGAUGGAUAUGCCUCUUCUGAAAUUCGUCUAGGAUCUAGCAUUGCUGUCAAUAGUGCUGUAUGUCCCAUUAUACUUCCUCAAGUGGAAAGACUGCCUCAAUAUACUACAUGGGUAUUUUUGGAUAGAAAUCAGGAGAUGCCCGUGAAUCAAUCAGUGGUUGGUUGUAGAAGAAUUUAUUAUGACAAGAAUAGUGGAGAAGCUCUAAUUUGCAGUGAUAGCGAGGAAGAAUUACUUGAAGACAAACAAGAAAAGCAGUUUGUAGAGUACGAAGAUGUUAUGCUGCGUUCAACUAUCCAACAAAUUGGCCUGUCUGAUACAGUGUUAGAAUUGCUAGGGCAGUUCUUGUCUAGAAAACCCAGUGAAGUCAAGGCAAGAUAUGAAGAUCUUGUUAAGGACAAACAUGAAUGCCCCUCAAAGAACGAGAGCAUCCAAGGGACUCCAGAUUUAUUUCUUGACAAUGAUCUUGAUGCUGCUCUAGAUUCUUUUGACACCCUAUUUUGUCGUCGAUGCCUUGUUUUUGAUUGUCAAUCACAUGGAUGUUCACAGGACCUGAUUUUUCCGGCGGAAAAACAAUUGCCAUGGUGCUCUACCGACAUGGAUAAGGAGCCCUGUUGUUCAAAUUGCUAUCGCCUGAAGGAAAGCGAAGCUGGAUUGACCCCCUCUCAGAUUGCUAAUCAUGGAGAAAACCAUGUCCGACCAUCUGAAAUUGCUAAUAAUACUGAGGUGUCUGGUAGGGAGCAUCUAUCAAGGACAUCAAAUUCUUGCGAAAGUGAAAGUGCUUCAUUGAUUGCAAAGAACAUCUCUGAGAAUAUCGGUUCAGAGCUUAGGCUGUUAUGUGACAUCACUACUGUUCAGCGAUCUGCUUCUCCAUCUAACAGAAAAUCUGAUAGUAAAGUGGGGAGCACCAAAGGAAAAUGCAAGAGAAUAGCUGAAAAUGUUCUAGUUGCCACUAAAAAGCGGCAAAUAAAUCUGAUGGCUGUGGAGUCUGACUAUAUAGCUUCUGGAAGUCUAGUGUCCAAAGACUUGAAUCUCCACUCUAAUUCACAUAAGGAUUUCAAAGAUGUUGGUUCAUGUUCACUAGAAUCACAACAACCUCAGUGUGGUAGAACUUCUAGGAGGGACGUCUCUCCAGUAUUGAGCAGUAAAAAUUCUUUGCAAGGUGAGGGUUUUGGUUGCCAAUAUGAAGAGGCUGCCAGUGAAAAAAAUGGGAUGAAUCAUGACGACACAUUGAGGGAGAAUGAGUUUGGGGAUGAGAAUAACUGCAAUCAAGAAAUAGAUGGUGACAAACCAUGGAGACCACUUGAAAAGGCUCUCUUUGAAAAAGGUCUGGAAAUGUUUGGUCGGAGCAGCUGCAUGAUUGCUCGAAAUCUGCUGAAUGGUUUAAAAACUUGUUGGGAGGUGUUCCAGUAUAUGAACAAUUCCGAGAAUAAGCUAUCCCUAGUAAGUGAUGGUGUGAAUGGAAUGCUUCAAGGCUCUUUUAAGGGUGAUGGCCAUACAAUCGUGGGUAAUCAACCACGGAGAAAAUCUAGAUUCUUACAUAGAAGAGGUAGAGUUCGCCGCUUAAAAUACACAGGGAAAUCAGCUGGAUAUAAUGCACUUAGGAAAAGAAUAUCUCAGAGGAAAGACAAGCUUUGCCGUCACUAUAAUCCAUGUAAUUGUCAAGUACCUUGUGGAAAAGAGUGUCCUUGUAUCGUAAAUGGGACCCCCUGUGAAAAAUAUUGUGGAUGCAAGAGUAUCAAGAAUUGCAAGAAUCACUUUCGUGGUUGUUUUUGCAUAAAAGGUCAGUGUAGAAGCAGGCAAUGCCCUUGCUUUGCUGUUGACAGGGAAUGUGAUCCUGAUGUUUGCCGAAAUUGUUGGAUCAGCUGUGGUGAUGGGACUCUCGAUAUUCCUCCACAAAGAGGUGACAAUAAUGACUGCGAGAACAUGAAGCUUCUUCUCAAACAACAUCAAAGGGUUCUUCUUGGACGGUCUGAUGUGUCUGGAUGGGGUGCUUUCUUGAAGAAAAGUGUUGGAAAGCACGAGUACCUUGGAGAAUAUACCGGUGAAAUAAUCUCACACCAUGAAGCUGAUAGGCGUGGAAAGAUUUAUGAUCUUAUAAAUUCUUCAUUUCUCUUCAAUUUGAAUGACCAGUGUGUGCUUGAUGCUUAUCGGAAAGGUGACAAGUUGAAGUUCGCAAACCAUUCUCCUGAUCCAAAUUGCUACCCCAAGGUUAUUAUGGCUGGUGGAGAUCACAAAGUUGGUAUAUUUGCCAAACAAAGAAUUUGUGCAGGAGAGGAACUCUUCUAUGAUUAUUGUUAUGCGCCAGAUACACCACAUGUCUGGGCAAGGAAGCCUGAGGCACCCACUACAAGAAAGUAAGCUUGCAACAAAUGUUGUAUUAAGACAUUUGUCUUACAUUUGCCAUAAAGGUCUCAAAUUUCAAUGUCGGAAAUUUUCUGACAUCUAAGUAAAUGUCGGUAAAAUAGUUACGACAUUUCAACUUCACCUUUAUAAAAAAAAUUAAAAAUUUACGACAUUUGUGAAAUGUCACAUUAAAAUUUCCAAAAUAUUGGUUGAUGUCGCUAAACGUAUAAUGACAUUUCUUUAUGACUUUUAUCA